AUGAAGUUUAUAUUGGAUUAUAUACGGAUUGCCAGGCUUAUGCGUAUAAUAGAUCUUCAGAAUAAAUCCAAUCCAACAUCUACUACUGCGUGGUGGAGUUUUAAGAAUAUCUUUUCUGGCCAAAACAAAAAAAUAAAUAGAGCCGGAUUAUCACACAAAGCAUUGGGAAUUAGGGAAAAAAUAAAAGAUAUAAUUGAAAAACUAAACAAUCAGCAGGCAAAAAAAAAUAAUAUGCUCAUCACUGCGAUUAAUAAGAUUAUUGGCGAGCUCUCAUGCUAUUAUUCAAAUUUAGAACCGCUACCUUCAUCUUCUCCUUCUAUAAGGAGAAAGAGUAUGCCACCGUCUUUGAAUCUUUUUACAUUUUUGACAAUUCAUAUGACAAAAGCGGAGAUACAAGUUAUGGUGCAAGGCAAUAUGGUUCCGUUGAAGUAUUGCAUCACGAAUGAUACAUUUAAGACUGCUUUGAAAUCUGUGACGGAAGACCAGACACAAAUGGAAAAAAUGCUUAGAGUGAUCGAUGAAAGGAUUGAAAUUAUUGAACUGUAUACGAAUAUUAUUCUCUUCCAAAAAAAUGACAGCAGGGCACAUAUUGAAUGGUAUUCAAAUAGCAAUAAUAAUACAGCAGCGACUUUCUUUAUUCAUAUGGAACACAGAAUGAAUAAUAUUCUAUCCAAUAUAACUAAUAAUCCGCCUAUUAAGGAUGUAUUGGAUGCAAUCAAAAAAACUAAAUUAGAUCAGACAUUGAGCGAUGAAGAAAUAGCAAACAUACUGAUUAACGAAAUAAGUGGGCGUCUGUUGAAGCACAGCAUAGAUAUGCCCAUGGUUAAGGUAUUGCACCUGUUCAUUGCUAAAGGAUUAUCAACGGGCAAUGAUAAGCCUAUUAUAGCAUUGAUAUUGGAUGAUAUGCUGGAAGUGAGUAGCCACAAGAGCCAAGAAGGAAAUGGCACACAAAAUAGAAGCGAAGACUCACCACUGGGAAGCAUACAAAUGAUCAUGAUGACACUGUGGGCUAUGUGCGAGAUACACAGUGAUUAUGAGCUUAUUAGCCAUGAUAAUAGCAAAUAUAUAGAGCUAAUGGCAAGCAAAGCCAUACCAGGUGCAAACUAUUAUGUAAAAGUACUGUUUAAUAGCAUAUCAGAUCAAAUAUCAGUACGUGAUAGAGGAGAAGCAGGCGAAGCAGGCGAAAAUAUAUUGAAUAAUAUAGAAGUCAUAGAAAUUAUGCUUGAAACGGUAUUUGGCACAAAAACGAAUACGCUUGAAGAAAAAGAUAAGGAAAAGAUAAGAAAGAUUUUAAGCAGUUUCCUUCAUAAAAUAGAUUCGGAAAGAUCAAGUCUGAUUUUUUUUAUAAACAAAAUAGUAACAACUUCUGUUAAAUUUGAUAUUGAGCUCAUAAAUAACCUCAACAGUAUAGCAAUAAGCCAGGGCAAGGAAGCAGAUCCACAAAGAGGCAUGGAAAAGUGUGUUUGCGACAUAAUUACAUCGAUUGCUAGGCAUAAUGGAAAUGAAAAAGAUUGGAAUAAAGAAAAUACAGCAAAUAAUGUUACUAAUGAUAUAGUAAUAAGCAACUUGAUGACUUUUUUUAAUAAUACUAGCUAUCCUAACAUGCUUAAAACUGGAUUCAUACAAUUCCUUAUACUGCUCAUAUUGCUUCAUGCUUGGUGGAAUAACAGCCACAUCGAAACAAAUGAUGAUACAACGAAAUGCAACACUAAGGCAACUUAA